AUGAAGCUCCCGGAUUCUAUCGGGGAUCUGAAAUCGUUGGUCGAGUUGAGUAUUUCAAUGAAGGAAAUUGCUGAACUGCCCGAGAGAAUUGGGAACUUGAAGAAGCUGGAAGUGAUCAAAAUGUUAGGUUGUUCAGUUACAAAGCUCUCGGAUUCUGUUGGGAAUCUGAAAUCGCUUGUUGAGUUGAACAUUUCACUUUCACAAAUUGCUGAGCUGCCUAACACUCUUAGUCAUUCAAAGAAACUAGUGUUUAAAAUGAAAGAUUGUGGUAUUACGAGGCUUCUGGAUUUAAUUGGGGGACCUCAAGUUGCUGAAGCUGGAAAAGUCAAUGCCGAGCAUGGCGAUUACUUCCUACAGGGGUGUAGGAAGAUGAGGCUUGAGAGCGAUAGAGAAGCACAAGAGGAAGCUCGGUAG